AUGCAGAUGCAAAACUUGCCUAAUUUGGAAGAAAAGUUAAAUUUCUUACAAAAGAAACUUUUGUCAUUUGAAGGAUAUUCGGAUAACCAAAUUAAGAGUUUAAAACAACAUUUCUCGCGCUUUAAAUCCAUUUUCCGAAAAAAUAACAAUUCGUGGUUAGAAGGAACCUUUGAUAUACCCGUGGUUGCUCAAAAUCGGUCAGGCCGUCCACACAAAACUUUUUCAGAGUGUACUGAAAGGACUAAGCGAAAAAAAACAGACGAAAUUCGAUCAUUUGUAGUCAAAGAAGUCAUUGUUCAUGCUGCUCAGGUUGAGUUAAACAAAAGUGGACAACGAGAUGCUGCAGCUAUACUUAAAGAUAUAACUACUACUAGUCCAACACGUGUAACCAAAUAUAAAAGGGCAUUAUCAGAAUCAAGAAGCGUCAAACCUGCCUCUCUCACACCUUUGCAAGCAUUAGCAAUGUUUAUAGAAGCCGAUCUAACCAGGCGACAAUAUGAAGUAGUAAGAAAUACUAACAAAGACUUUUAUCCAUGUUAUAGCCUUAUACAAAAAGCAAAACGAGAAUGCUAUCCACCCCAAGAGGAAUGCAGGGUAUCAAGUACUGGAGCUGAAAGCAACUUACAAUCUUUGGUUGAUCUUACGAUGAAGAGUUUAUCAAUAGUUUUAGAGGAAGUUCUCUUAACCCUAAAAAAACAUGAACGUGAUAGUCUAAAACUUAUUUGCAAAUGGGGUUGUGAUGGCUCUCAGCAAACGCAAUAUAAACAAAAAUUUGAAAAUGAUGCAAACUCUGAUGCCAAUAUUUUCCAAAGCUGUUUCGUUCCUUUAAGAUUAGUAUGCGGUGAAAAUGGCGCUAAAAUUGUUUGGGAAAACCCUACCCCCUCUUCUCCGCGAUAUUGCCGUCCCAUUACAGAGGAGGAAAUCAAUUAUAUUGGAACAUCAGCUAACUCACUUAAAGCUACAAAAGUUUUUUUUAACGGGAAAGAAUUUAAAGUGAACUAUGUGUUUAUAAUGACAAUGGUUGACGGAAAAGUGUGCAAUGCUGCUACUGGAACAAAAUCAACAAGUCGAUGCUACAUAUGCGGUGCAACAUCCAAAGAUUUUAAUCAGUUUAAUUUUAAUAAAGACAUUAACCUGAAAGCAACAGAGUUUGGGCUGUCUGUCUUACAUGCACGAAUUCGUUUAUUUGAAAGUGUAAUUCAUUUGACUUAUAAAUUGCCCGUAAAAAAGUACAGAGAGAGAAAAAGUGAAGAAGAAAAAGAGCUUGAAAAAGAAAGAAAAUUGGAGAUUCAGGCAAGAUUCCGGAAAGAGAAAGGUCUUUUGAUUAAUAUGCCAAAGGCAAAUUUCGGCAACACAAAUGAUGGAAAUACGAGUCGCAGAUUUUUUGAAGACCCUACAUUGGCUUCUGAAAUAACUGGUAUUAGUUAUGAACUUAUAUACAGAUUAAAGGUUAUACUCGAAACUAUUUCAAGUGGACAUUUAAUUGAUGAAAAAAAAUUUGACAAGUAUGCUCAAGAUACUGCGCGCUUGUAUGUAAAACUUUAUCCUUGGCAUCCUAUGACCCCCACGAUGCACAAAAUACUUGUUCAUGGUGCAGUUAUUAUUAAAAACGCGUUUCUGCCUAUUGGGCAGCUUUCAGAAGAGGCUGCGGAAGCGCGGAACAAACAUUUUAGAAAUUAUCGCCAAAACUUUGCUAGGAAAUUUUCAAGGGAAAACUAUAACAGAGAUGUUUUUAAUAGAUUACUUUUAAGUUCCGAUCCCCUCUUAAGUAGCAUGAGGAUAGUAAAAAAAAGAAAAUUUAACUCUUUUUUGCCAGAAACAAUUGACCUUCUUUUACCAGCAAUGCCGAAUGUUAAAGAUAGUGAUAUUAAAAACUUUUUGGAUAAAGAUAUUUAA